AUGACCACUGCGCAUGACAUCUGUGACGUCGUUCAUACGGGACUUCACCUUCCCUACAGAGUUUUUGGCGGGAAAAUUUGUAAUGUUUGGAGAAGACAAGACAGCGCCGCUUCGUGUCAUCAAAGGGCAUUUUUGUUAACAAAUAACCCGCUUAUUUUACGUUAUAACGACUGGUUAGGUUUGGAAAUUAUAACUCGAUGGACAGGGAAAACGAUUCUGUUGUAAAGAGAAAAAUACGUGCAGUCAUUGACUUAAUAUUGUGAUGUUUAAUAUUUGUUGUGAAAGACGGCCCGAAAUUUCGCUACAUCGUUGUACUGGUUUAUAAAAAUUUCUACUGGAAAUUCGACCAUGGAUAAAGAGACAACGCUUACUGAAAGAACAGCCUGUCUUAAUGGUAAGUUUUUAAAGGGUUUUCACUUUUCGAUAUUUAUAUUUUUUAUAGUUUAAAGAUGCUGUAUAAAUUCUGUAUUAAAUGUUUGUCUAAACGUUUAUACUAAUGUAUAAAACAAACGUUUUAUUUACAUUUUGAACUGCUAUAGUUGUAAAAUAUGAUAUACCAACUGACUUGUACUGUAAAUGAAUAUAAACUCUACGUUUCAAUUCGAGAAAGUUCGAAAGAUACAAAAUUUGAGCAAUGUUUAUAUCUGCGGGCUUCCCCUUUGUUAUGAGCAGAACUGAUGCGCAGAACGGAGGAAAUUCUACACUUACAUAAACAGGAUAACGUUGAUUUCUACAUCUCGUUGCUACCCAGUUUACAAACUUAGGUAAAUCCCAUGCCUAUAAAGAUUUUUUCUUUGUUCAUGGAAUAUAUAUACAACUUCACAAAAUUUGGGCAAUGUUUAUAUCUGCGGGUUUCCCCUUUGUUAUGAGCAGAACUGAUGCGAAAAAAGCUCUUCUCUCAAAGCUAUACUUUAAUUUAAUAGAGUCAGUAGACAAUUUUGGGUAACGUUGUUUUAUACAUCUCGUUGCUACCCAAGUUGUCUAAAAUUGCAAGGUUUUUUAAAUGGCGAGGCUUUCGAAACGUGAUGUUUUGUGGCUUUCGAAAUGUGAUUAGGUUUACGUGUGAUUGAUACACCGGGUGGAAAAUGUAAUUUAAAAAUGAAAAUUAAAGCCCAACAAAUGACUUUCAGACAAGACAUAACAAAAAUAUAAAAUUUAUUGGCUAACGUUUUGUUGUAUUGUUCACAACAUCUUCAGAGCAAUUAAACUUAUUUACAAGCAUGCACUUUAUAUAUACAAAUUUUUAAACGAUUUUUUCUGUGUUGGUGUAAUGACCCAGGUGAAUAUGAUGCUUGUGACAGCUCUAAUUGCUUUAAAUUAAUGGUUGGAUAAGAACACAAGGUCUUGUACUCAUGGGACAAAACUCAAAGAAAUAAAAAUUAGAAAAUUUAAAAGAAAUACAGUAUUCCUUCAUUACCUUGUGUUCUUACUCAAUCAUUAAUUCAAAGCAAGUAGAGCUGUCAAAUUACUACAAUAGCUAAUUUGAAUUUGAAAGGGUUCAGUUUUUUUAUACACCCUGUAUAUAUACACACUCAGAGUAACAUCACAAGCAUCAAAUUUUUAAACAGUUACAUUAUUCAAAUAAGCAAAUAAGAGGAACAAAUAAGAAUUUUGCAGUUGAUGGUUUAAUACUGUUACUGCACGUUUGCAAUUUGUUUGCAAUUUGCCAGAGCAAUCAUUACGAUAUUGCAAUGUUGUGCCCGCAAUGUAACACCGGAUUUGACUGUAAUUACAUAUGUUAUAUGUCUAUCUAAGGUUCAACGUUCUACGGCACUAUAUAAGUUUGAAAUCUGGGCAUAUAAGCCAUGUUUUAUACACUUCUAAAGAAUAAAUUAUUAACCAAUUACAUUGUUUGAUUCAAUUAGUAAUUUGAAUCACACCAUGAUAAUUAUUAAACAAAUCUUAUAUCGUAAUAUUGUUUAAUUCACUUUUAUUAAAUGUGUUAUCUGGGUUUUAUUAACUGGGUCAUAUAUGCAUCCUGGUGAGCCUUACUUUAUUAUUUCACUCUGUAUAUAAAUUUCCACUUGAUAAUUAUCACUUAUUUACUGAGACUGAGGGAAACAGUGUGUUUUGUGUACCCGAGACCGUCGAUGUUUCCCGAGGAGAACAAAUGAACGUAAAUACAUGAAAUAUUUUAUUGUUAAAACGUUAUAUUAAACACUGACUACACUGCAGUUACUUAAAGCGAAAGUUUUAAUUACGUACUAGGAAUGUCCAAAUGUCACAUCUUCAUGUGAUGGCGCACGUGAAUUUUUUUGUUAUUCGGCGGUCAAUAACGUAUUGUUUCCCUCUCGCGCUGUUGCGAGGGAGACAGCCUAAUUUUGUCACUCUCAUGUGAUAUGCUCUCAACCAAUAAAACACUAGAAAAAUGCGACUAUUGAUAUAUAAUAAUACUAUUUAUCUAGCAGACCUUUCAACUAUUAUUCAAUUGAGUGAGGCAAGGCAACAAAAUCUUGAUAUUCUCCCUUUAACCCAUGGAGCCGGUGUGCCCCUAGUGUGCCCUACUUAAUUAUUUUUUACUUAAGUUCUUUGUAUGUUUGCAUGGCGAUAAAAUAUAUAAUAGUUUUGUUUGUGGAAACACCACGUAAAUUACUGAAAAAAAAAAUUUAUUUAAUUAAAUAAAUUUAAAAUAAAUAAUAAUAAUAACUAAUUAUUAAUAAUAAUAAUAUUUAAUAAUUUUAAAUUUAUUUAUUAAAAUAAAUUUAUUUAUUUAAUAAAUUUAUUUAUUUAUUUUUAUUUUAUUUAUUUAUUUAAUUUAUUUAAUUAAAUAAAUUAUUUAUUAUACAUUUUUUUUAUAAUAAAUAAAUUUAUUACUUUUAUUACUGCAGUAAUAAAUUUACGUGGUGUUUCCACAAACAAAACUAUUGUAUAUUUUUUACUUGUCUAACGUCAGAUGAUUUUGCUUGUCAAUGAGGAAGCUCUGCAGCUUAGUAGGGUUAACCCAUUGAACCGCAAUGUGCCCUAUAUAUAGUUAUUUUUUACUUUGAUUUAUUUAACGCCAGACGAUUUUGCUUGUCAAUGGGGAAGCUCUGUAGCUUAACAGGGUUAAUGAGUAAAAUCACCUGCCAUAGUCAUAUUGCAAUAAUAAAGUUAGGGGCAUUAUUGCAGCUAAUUCCGUUAAUCUUCAUCUUAGGCAACAGCAAUUCAACAAAAUACCAAUGUGCACAAGCCAAUCAAGUCCAGCGUAUUGUCAUUUUGGAUGUUGUAAAAGAGUUCAGUUGGAUUUGCAGAUGAAGUACUUGAAAAGGUCAGUUUCAAUUACAGUAUAAUUGUGUAUUGUUACAGGGCUCGAAAUAAUGUUUCCAACAUUCCCGAUCAUGCUGAUUAAGCGGUCAUGAUUUCCUGCUGAUCAAAUGAAAAUCCAAUCAGUAUAGGUUCUGUUUAUAUGUUCUGCGGCGCUAAAAUUGAGUUGGCCGGUGAUCACCUUGACCGGCGACCCUCCACCCAUUAUUUCACGCCCUGGGUUGUUACAAGUUGUCAACAAGUUGUUGCAAACCUGUUGACAACUCGUAACAAGCAGUGCGAAUACAUCUUGUUGACAGCUUAAUGGCAGACUUGUUACCAGAUAUGAGAUUUUUGUGUGUGUAGGUUUACAACAUAUUUUUCAAUAAUUCAAAAUUUGCCCUAAAUCACCCCAAACUUUUUGGAAGUGAUCAAAAAUGUUUUCUUUCAUCAAAAUAAUCACUUUCAACAUAUAAAAACAUAAUUGUUUUUGUUUGUGGAAACACCACGUAAAUUUAUUACUAAAUUUACUUGGUGUUUCCACAAACAAAAACAAUUAUAUUUUAUCGCCAUGCAACUUAUAUAAAAACAUGUUUUGCAACUUACAUUUAAAAAUUUGAAUCAAAUACCAAACGGGGGAGAGGGGCCACAACAAACUCGUCCAGAUUUUUUAGUUAUUUUUCAAUAAUUCUCAAAUAUUCUCCCAAAUCACUCCAGACCUUCUGAAAGUGAUUGAAAAUGUUUUCUUUGGUCUAAAUGAUGACUUUUGACUUGUAAGAACAUAUUUACAAAAUUUUAAAAUUUUGGUCAACUGCCAGAGGGCGGGGGGAGGGGGCACAGUGAUGCCUGGUACUUGAGUUAUUUUAAUUUCAACAGUUUAAAAUUUUCCCCAAAUCACUCCAACAAAACAUGUUGUACAAAAUUUGAAAAUUUCAAUGAAAUACCAAGAGGGGACCACGGGCAUCCUCUCAGCUUUUCAAUUUUUCAAACCAUUGAUUCAAUCUAAGGUGUCAUAUGAACUCAAUAUUAAUGUUUUCUUUUCCAGGCAAGACAGAUUACUUUAUGAAAGUGACAUGUUUUUUAAGAACAGAUUUGUGGGUGACAAGAAAAGAAAGAAGCCCUAA